AUGAUGGAUAUAAUCCAGGAUCAUGAACUUGCCUGUCGGUCAACGACGUCUCAUAUGAAGAAGCGAAUACAUCGAUCUGUCGGUUGUUUUGGAUUUAGAUCAAUUCAUCCUUUUUCCAACUCAGUGAUUACCAGUAAAAAGCUGCAAUCCGAAAAUCCUCCUGUUCAGAACUCUUAUCCAGACUCCAAAACAUGUAACAAAGGACGAGAUUCACCAGCAUCUAGUGAUCAUGACUUAAUGUUAUGUACUGUAGUCAAAGAAAAUGAUGUCUCCUCAUGUUCCACUUCUCAAGUAACCACUACUAGAGCGCACAAUAAUAAUUUAUCACACAAAAAAUCUAGCAAUGUUGAAGAGAAUGAAGAAUAUUUAGUGUUUGGUGGUAAAGUUUUUAAACCUUGUGCCCCACAUAUUUCUAAUGUCAGAAAAGAACCGAUGAAAUUCCAACCUCGUAUACCCAGUCCUUCCGAUAAUAAAAACGUACAUGAAUCGUUGCAAAGAAAGUUUACCCUUAACUACUCAUCUGUUUCAACAUUGAAGCGCAACUCUUCUGAAACAAGAACAACUGAUGAUUUCGACUCACGGUUCAAAAAACAAUUAAAUAAUGGUAGUAGACAUUGUGACCUAAAUGAUGGUGUAUCAGAUAUUCACAACUACUUACUGAAUUCUCCAUCUUGUACAAAUUUACUAAACUCUGUGACUGCUAAAUGUUCAGAUAAAAAGUUGAUUUCCAAGACUUACCGUCUUGGAAUUCCUACACAAAGACCAAAUCAUCCUCCAAACCGUUCUUCAUCCUUUAUGGAAUCAAAUUCAAUGAAAAUUUUUAAUGAUUCUUUGCGUCCUGAAUUAAAGCAUCCAUCUAGUUUCCUAUUUGCUAAUGAACAAAGAGAAAUGGUUGAGGAAUUACAAGCAACAAGAAUUAUUCUUUUGAAACUGAAACGUUUAUUAAUUGAGACUCCGAUUUCGGAAAAUAGUCUUUAUCCCUCGACUUCCAAACCAAUAAAUGUAUGUAACGACUCGUUGCAAUCCCUCAACUUUACAAUGUGUCAUUGUGAUGUAAAUCGAAAUCGAUUUCUACUUGUUCCUUCAGUUACCGAAGAUAAUCGACUAAUACCCUCUCUCUGUAACAAACCAAUCAAUAGGACUGGUCUUGAAGAGCUUAUUGAUAGUCUCGCACAGCUUCACUUUGAAAAGUCAGAAAUUCUAUGCGCUACCUAA